AUGACGGUAAGUAAGAAAAAUUACCAAACCGCCCGGGAGUCGGAGCGCCAGCUGCGCCUCCGCCUGUGCGUCCUCAACGAGAUCUUGGGCACCGAGAGGGACUACGUGGGCACCUUGCGCUUCUUGCAGUCGGCAUUUCUGCAUCGCAUCCGGCAGAACGUGGUGGACUCAGCGGAGAAGGGCCUUACGGAGGACAAUGUCAAGAUCCUGUUCUCGAACAUCGAAGAUAUCCUGGAAGUUCAUAAGGAUUUCUUGGCUGCCUUGGAGUAUUGUUUGCAUCCGGAGCCUCAGUCUCAGCACGAACUUGGGAACGUUUUCUUAAGAUUCAAGGACAAGUUCUGCGUGUAUGAGGAAUAUUGCAGCAACCACGAGAAGGCCCUGCGGCUGCUUGUGGAACUGAACAAGAUCCCCACCGUGCGUGCCUUCCUCUUGAGCUGCAUGCUUCUGGGCGGCCGGAAGACCACGGACAUCCCUCUGGAGGGCUACCUGCUGUCUCCGAUUCAGAGGAUCUGCAAGUACCCCCUCCUCCUCAAGGAGCUAGCCAAGAGGACACCCGGGAAGCACCCAGACCACCCUGCGGUCCAGAGCGCCCUGCAGGCCAUGAAGACGGUGUGCUCCAACAUCAAUGAGACCAAGAGGCAGAUGGAGAAGCUGGAGGCUCUGGAGCAGCUGCAGUCCCACAUCGAAGGCUGGGAGGGGUCCAACCUCACGGACAUCUGCACCCAGCUCCUCCUGCAAGGCACUUUGUUAAAAAUCUCCGCAGGCAACAUCCAGGAGAGGGCCUUCUUCCUCUUUGACAACCUCCUUGUCUAUUGCAAGCGGAAAUCCAGGGUCACCGGGAGCAAGAAAUCCACCAAGAGGACCAAAUCCAUCAACGGCUCCCUCUACAUCUUCAGGGGCCGAAUCAACACUGAAGUCAUGGAGGUGGAGAACGUGGAAGACGGGACAGCGGAUUAUCACAGCCAUGGCUACACUGUCACCAACGGCUGGAAGAUCCACAACACGGCCAAGAACAAGUGGUUUGUCUGCAUGGCCAAGACGGCGGAGGAGAAGCAGAAGUGGCUGGAUGCCAUCAUCCGAGAGCGGGAGCAACGCGAGAGCCUGAAGCUGGGCAUGGAGCGGGACGCCUAUGUCAUGAUUGCGGAGAAGGGGGAGAAGCUUUACCACAUGAUGAUGAACAAGAAGGUGAACCUGAUCAAGGACCGCCGGAGAAAGCUGAGCACCGUCCCCAAGUGCUUCCUCGGCAAUGAGUUUGUUGCCUGGCUCCUGGAAAUUGGUGAAAUCAGCAAAACGGAAGAAGGAGUCAACUUGGGCCAAGCCUUGUUGGAGAAUGGCAUUAUCCACCAUGUCUCUGACAAGCACCAGUUCAAGAACGAGCAGGUGAUGUACCGCUUCCGCUAUGACGAUGGCACGUACAAGGCCCGGAGUGAGCUGGAGGACAUCAUGUCCAAGGGUGUGAGGCUUUACUGCCGUCUUCACAGCCUCUAUACCCCUGUUAUCAAAGACCGCGAUUACCACCUGAAGACGUAUAAGUCGGUGCUGCCCGGGAGCAAGCUGGUGGACUGGCUGCUGGCUCAGGGCGAUUGCCAGACGCGGGAGGAAGCAGUGGCGCUUGGCGUGGGCCUGUGUAACAACGGCUUCAUGCACCACGUGCUGGAGAAGAGUGAGUUCAAGGAUGAGUCGCAGUACUUCCGCUUCCACGCCGACGAGGAGAUGGAGGGGAUCAGCAGCAAGAACAAACAGCUUCGCAACGACUUCAAGCUGGUGGAGAACAUUCUGGCCAAGCGCCUGCUGAUCCUGCCCCAGGAGGAAGACUAUGGCUUCGACAUCGAGGAGAAGAACAAGGCCGUGGUGGUGAAGUCGGUCCAGAGGGGCUCUCUGGCCGAGAUGGCUGGCCUGCAGGUGGGGAGGAAGAUCUAUUCCAUCAACGAGGACCUGGUGUUCCUGCGGCCAUUCGCAGAGGUGGAGUCCAUCCUCAACCAGUCUUUCUGCUCCCGCCGCCCCGUGCGCCUCCUGGUGGCCACCAAGGCCAAAGAGAUCGUCAAAGUCCCUGACCAUCCGGAGGCUUUGUGCUUCCAGAUCCGGGGAGCUGCCCCGCCCUAUGUCUAUGCUGUCGGGAGAGGGUCAGAGGCCGCGGCCGCAGGGCUCUGUGCUGGCCAGUGUAUCUUGAAGGUCAAUGGCAACAACGUGAUGAACGACGGUGCCCCUGAAGUCCUGGAGCACUUCCAGGCAUUCCGAAACCGCCGAGAAGAGGCCCUGGGCCUGUACCAGUGGAUCUACCACACCCAUGAGGAUGCUCAGGAGGCCCGAGCCAGCCAGGAGACCCCUGGCGAAGACCCAGGUGGUGAGGGGGCCCGGGAGGAAGACCAGCCCGACUCAGCCUUCCCUCUGCUGUCCAUGGGUGCCCAGCUGAGCCUGCAUGAGGACAGCCCUGUGGUUAGCCUGAAUGUGGACAAUGUGCACCUGGAGCAUGGCGUGGUGUAUGAGUACGUGAGCACAGCGGGCAUCAAGUGUCACGUGCUGGAAAAGAUCGUGGAGCCCCGUGGCUGCUUCGGCCUCACUGCCAAGAUCCUCGAGGCCUUUGCUGCCGAUGACAGCGUCUUUGUGCAGAACUGUGGGCGGCUCAUGGCCCUGAGCAACAGCAUCAGGACCAUGUCCCAUUUCGAGUUCCGUCACAUCUGCGACAUCAAGCUGGAGAGCAUUGGCCAGAGGAUUGCCUGCUAUCAGGAGUUUGCAGCCCAGCUGAAGGGCAGGAUCAGCCCACCCUUCAAGCAAGCACCCCAGGAACCCCGUUCUCCGUGUGGCCUGGACUUCUGCCCCACCAACUGCCACAUCAACAUCAUGGAAGUGUCCUACCCCAAGACCACUCCCUCCAUUGGCAGGUCCUUCAGCAUUCGCUUUGGUCGCAAACCCUCCCUCAUUGGCCUUGACCCAGAGCAAGGCCACCUGAACCCUAUGUCCUACACCCAGCACUGCAUCACCACCAUGGCUGCCCCAUCCUGGAAGUGCCUGCCUGUUGUGGAUGGGGACCCUCAAUGCCAAAGUCCCCGUGACAGCAGCUUUGGGCCAGCCAAUGGGGCCCUGGGCCCAGAGGAGCGGGGUCUGAGCUUUCUCCUCAAGCAGGAGGACCGUGAGAUCCAGGACGCCUAUCUGCAACUCUUUACCAAACUGGAUGUGGCCCUGAAGGAGAUGAAACAGUAUGUCACCCAGAUCAACAGGCUGCUGUCCACCAUCACGGAGCCCACCUCGGGAGGGUCCUGCCAUCCACCCUUGGCUGAGGAGACCUCGUCCUCCCCACUGGUCAACGAAGAGAGCGAGAUGGACAGGACCGACCAUGGGGGCAUCAAGAAAGUGUGUUUCAAGGUGUCUGAGGAGGAUCAGGAGGACUCAGGUCAUGACACCAUGAGCUACCGUGACUCCUACAGCGAGUGCAAUAGCAAUCGGGACUCCGUCCUGUCCUACACCAGCGUGAGAAGUAACAGCUCCUACCUGGGCAGCGACGAGAUGGGGUCUGGGGACGAGCUGCCCUGCGACAUGCGGAUUCCAUCAGACAAGCAGGACAAACUUCAUGGCUGCCUGGAACAUCUCUUUAACCAGGUGGACUCCAUCCACGCACUCCUCAAGGGGCCAGUCAUGAGCAGGGCUUUUGAAGAGACCAAGCAUUUCCCUAUGGACCACUGCCUGCAAGAGUUCAAACAGAAAGAAGAGUGUACAAUUCGUGGCCGGAGCUUGAUCCAGAUCAGCAUCCAGGAGGACCCCUGGAACCUCCCCAACUCCAUCAAGACCCUAGUGGACAACAUUCAGAAAUACGUGGAAGAUGGGAAGAACCAGCUGCUCCUGGCCUUGCUGAAAUGCACAGACACCGAGUUGCAGCUGCGGAGGGACACCAUCUUCUGCCAGGCCCUGGUGGCCGCGGUGUGCACCUUCUCUGAGCAGCUCCUGGCAGCGCUCAGCUACCGCUACAACAACAACGGCGAGUACGAGGAGAGCAGCCGGGAUGCCAGCCGCAAGUGGUUGGAGCAGGUGGCGGCCACCGGCGUCCUCCUGCACUGCCAGUCCCUGCUGUCGCCAGCCACUGUGAAGGAGGAACGGACCAUGCUGGAGGACCUCUGGGUGACCCUGUCGGAGCUGGACAACGUCUCCUUCUCCUUCAAGCAGCUGGACGAGAACUAUGUGGCCAGUCUGAUGCUGCCCUUCUACCACAUUGAGGGCAGCCGGCAGGCGCUCAAGGUCAUCUUCUACCUCGACAGCUACCACUUCUCCAAGCUGCCCUCCCGCCUGGAGAGUGGGGGUAGCCUGAGGCUGCACACCGUGCUCUUCACGAAAGCCCUGGAGAACCCAGAGGGGCCUCCUCCUCCAGGUCAGUAUUACCGCAAACUCAGGGCGUUUUACCUGGAGCGGUCUAACCUGCCCACAGAUGCCAGCACCACGGCGGUGAAGAUAGACCAGCUGAUUCGUCCCAUCAAUGCUCUGGAUGAGCUCUGUCGUCUCAUGAAGUCCUUCGUCCACCCCAAACCUGGUGCCGCUGGGAGCUUGGGUGCUAGCCUCAUCCCCGUCUCCUCCGAGCUCUGCUACCGCCUGGGGGCUUGCCAGAUCGCCAUGUGCGGCACGGGCAUGCAGAGGAGCACCCUGAGUGUCUCCCUGGAGCAGGCGGCCAUCCUGGCUCGGAGCCACGGGCUGCUACCCAAGUGCAUCAUGCAGGCCACGGACAUCAUGCGGAAGCAGGGCCCCAGGGUGGAGAUUCUGGCCAAAAACCUGCGGGUCAAGGAUCAGAUGCCCCAGGGCGCACCUCGGCUCUACCGCCUCUGCCAGCCGCCGGUGGACGGAGACCUCUGAACGCGGAGACGCUUGGUGCUUGACUGCGUUGUCUGGAGCUGGGAUCUGGGAGGACACAGCGGGUCGUGCUGGCCUGCUCCAGAGCCCGUCCGAGGCCUCACUCCACGACCUGCCCAGCCUUCUCCAUCACCUCCUGCAAGGACAGGCCGUGCCCCCACUCGGACGGGCAAGCUGAUAGGCCUGGGCCCGCAUGUUUCCACACUUCCGCCAGAAACCCACGGGGUGCUGGGGACCCACAGCGCUGAUGGGUGCAGCCAGGGCCCCGGGGACACGGGAGAGGUCAUGGCACCGCAGUUGGCGGCCCACGGACUUGGCUCCCUCGGGCUGGCUCAACCUGCACUUUGAAACCCUGGUUUCCUUCUAAGUCCACAUUCCAGGUGACACGUGUCUCCACCGCCUCACCUUAGCUUCCAGACUCCCCCUGUACUAACUGCUCAGUGGACUCGGAAAAGCGGGCCUCUGCCAGGAAGACAGAGGGACAGGGCGCAACAUCUGUCACCAAGAAGACACUUGGAAGCCGCACCAGCUUCCGACAGCACCGCCAUUGGGACUUGAGCCGUCAGCCCUGGGCACGAGAUCUGCCCUGACUUUAUUUAUGUGGCGUGAAAUCUCUGUGGUUUACUCUGAGACGCCGCUCCCCCACCUCCCCAUGUUGUGUGAUUAUGUAUUUUAAAUUUUAAAGAAAGGUGUAUUGUCUAACGGGACCAUCAUAAGGUAGUCUUGACAGCUUUCCCCAGUACUAAAAAGAAAAAGAAAAACUAAAUUAUUGAAAAUUCAAAAACAUGUCAGUAUUUCAUCUUUUUAAAUAUUAGGGUCAUAAGGUAUUGCUUACAGGUGCCUAUUAGCUGGUCAGUAUUAGAAUGAAUUACUUUGCUCUCUUUGAAUGACUGGCUAUAAGGGUUCGAGAGGCGGCUGGGCCAGGUCUAGGGACUGGAGGGGACUGAACCACCCCCCUGAGAUACUGUCCCCCAUGUAGGUGUGUUUUGCAGGUAAGGGGGUCACAGGAAACCCUGGGUGGUGGCUUCUGUAACUUAUUUUGUUGAUGCUCGCUCACGGCAGGGCAUUUGGGACUUCUCAGCCAGCCAGGGAGGGAGACAGGAAGACAACCUAUCUGCCUUCUGGGUGCCAAGUCCCCCCAGGCACCCUCUCCGCAGUUCAUCCCCUCGAGCUCCUGUACAGUAGCAGGGAAAUGUCACAGCCGAGGCAGAAGAGAGGGGCAUCGUUCUGCCCUGGGCUGGUGGUGAGAGCAGUGUGGGUUUCCCGAAGCCCCCCCAGAAUGUUGGACCCUUGAGCCCCGGGGGCCGCCUUCCUGAGCAUUAGACUGCAGAGGCAGGCUUGUUGCUGGGCACUGGUGACGCGAUGCAAACGAGGACCUGACCUGCCUGGCGGGAAACGGAGAGGGGCCCUGGAGGGCAAGGCCUCGUGCACUGGUUUACUUUAAAAUGUACAGAUUCUCCAUUAAAUUCAUGAUAGAUUUUUUAUUAUUAUUAAAAGUCAAUUUAUAAUACAAA